ACAAGGCUCAUUGAAGAUAUAGAAAUAUAUUUUCCAACUUUGUUUAUUUUGUAAUAUUCUGAAUAAAUUAUAAAUUCAGAAUUUUAUUUAAUUUUAUUUUCGAGGCCGUUCAUCUUCCCCGUCCGUUGUAAUCCGUACGAAAAUUGUAACAAUCUUAAGGUAGUAGUGAUAUCCGUGCACAAUGGCGGGUAUGGACGGAUUCGGUACCGGAAACGGGAGUAGUUCCGAGACUCUGGUUGUGAACGUUUCGGCUGGAUUGGGUGGCUCUGUAGGGCAGACCACUCCAAUCAACAUUCCUUUCGGAUCGAGUGCGGUCAUGGGGUCCACUCCGAUCACCACCUUUGUUGGAACGAGCGCGACUAGGGGGUCCGCUCCAGUCACCUCGGUUAUUGGACCAACUGCGGCUACGGCCGCAAUGGUCACCCCACUCGGACCGAAUAUGGCUUCGGCCAUACCGGUCAUUCCCUCACUUGGACCGAACACGGGUGUCUUCACAUCCGCACCGGUCGAACAUCCUACUAUCAUGCUGUCUACGAACUCUGUCAAAGAACCGGCAAAGUUCACAGGUGUUGGCUUUAAAAUAUGGCAGCAAAGGAUGUUAUUUUGGCUGACCACCCUCAACCUUGCGAGGACGUAUGAUGUUAAUGAGUACAAAUGUAGGUUGCUCCUUUAUUCAAAAGGAAACGAUGGAGGUCAUUUGUCUCUGUACCUUGGUGUGGCUGCCCCGUCUACUUUACCGAUUCAUUGGCGCAUACCUACAAAGUUCAGUCUUGCUCUUGUUAACCAGAUAGAUCCCAAGAAAACCAUCAAGAAAGCUGAGGUCUAUGUGCCUGAUCCUUCUCCAUGUGUGGCUAAUACUUCCCAUGCUCCCCCAGAUCAGGUUAUGGAUUCUUCUGUUGGUCUCGAUCCAGUAGAAUUUGUGUAUGCCAGGGUUCAGUCCGUUCUCAAAUCACUACCCAAGAAACCAUCAUCCAGCUUAGUAGUAUCUGAUGCUAUAUGCUCACUUGAACUUCCUUCGAGUAAAGACCGUGCAGCAUCUGCAAAAGAAAUCUUUGACAAAUUGAUAUUAUACCCUUUAGACGAUUUGGCUGAUCCCAAGCAUGAGAAUGCAAUGUCAAAGGCCCUCUCCAUACUGAACAACAAUCUUUCAUUGUUCAGCAAUGGAGAGGCCAAAGAAAUCGCGGCUCUGAAAGCCACAUUUCCUCAUAUGAUGCUGGAAUGGAGAGAGUCUGCAAAAGUGAAGGGUGGGAGUGAUCAUCUCUGGACUGCUUUUGAGAAGACGAAAAGUUUGCUGGAGGAUCUUCUGAAGACUGAGGAUGGGAUAAGAGCUAAAUUGGAUGACCUGAGUAAGAAAGAAAUGGACUUGAAAGCUCAAAUGGAGGCUAUUGAAUGCGACCGGCGACACCUGAGGGAGGAAAGAGGGGAAGUGUCAAAACUGACUAGGAAAGUGUGUUCUCUCGCCGAGGAGCAGGGUAGGAAAAUUGAAGGAAAAGAGGCCGAGGUGGAGACCGCGAAGAAAAAAGUGGAGGAUUUGAAGUCACAGUGGGAUGCAACGAAACGUCGUCUGUCUUUGAGAAAGAAUGUGGGAUCUACCCAAUAGUAGUAGUAGUAGCAGUAGCUAGGUAACCUGAUGUGUGGUUUUGGACCAUGUUUUGUUGUUAGAACUUAGAAGGGUAUUUUUAAAGGUCAUUGUGUGUCUUUUGUUGUGGGUCUCCCCCAAAAACAGAUUGGAGAAAGCCAUGUUUGUCUGCACCUGAAUGUGGAGUAUAAAUGCAUUACAAUAAUUUUUCCUUAGUAUUUUAUAGAUAAGUAAACAAAAAUAAACAAAUUUUAAGGGCCUUU